AUGAUAUAUUCGGACAGCGAUUACCGUAUGGUUAUAGACAAGAUAGUUCACACUCAACUGGACCUGGUUGCGUUCCUUAAGGAUUUUGACGAGCGAAAGGGGGAGCUGAUGGUGCGAUUCCGUAUGAAGUAUGCAAGUUACCUGGAGCUGCUAUCGUCGGGAAAGGUACUGAAGAUGAGUAGGGACGCGGCGUUGCGGGAGUACCGUUUGUACUCUGGAUUAGAAAUAAAGAGAAAAAUACUUUUGAGUUGUGGGACAAUCUCUGCGAGAGGCAGAUGAGUAUAUUGGAGUAUUUUGGAAAACAUGAGGAGAAGAAAAGCGCCGAGCUGUGGAGUGGGAACAAUUUCGAGGCGGUUAUCGAGAAUGAGAAUAGCGCUUGGGAGCUGCGGCGGACGGGACCUCUAGCGUAUGUUGGGCCUGAGUAUAUAUCUGCGCAGUUUGGAUAUCGUGCGCAGGAAAUCAAGAAGUAUGCGUACAGAAUGUCAUGGGAGAUGGAGCAGAGAGAAUCGUUGGGAUAUGACGGUAGCAAGACGCCGAGAUGGGAAUUAUACCUGAUGAUGCAGAUCGGGUUGUUUAACAAUGAGACGUUUCGACGAAAGUUUCAUUGGGAGGUGCGGGAGGUCCCUGAAGUGAAUGUUCUGCCACACUGGUUGCGAUUGCAGAACGUAUUUGCGGAGCUACCGGCAGGGGACUGCGUUCCGUUGUACAUGUACAGUGCGGUGUUAUUCGGACAGGUGCGUAACUGA